UAGGCGCUGCGUAGCUUCCAUGGCCCUCUCUGACUGAGGGAAAGGCAGGGCAUGCUGAGACCAAUGCCAGUACUUGCCCCGAGACUGAGCCUCUCUGGACACGGCUUGCCCAGAGCAGGUCUCCCCCAGUGACUUCCCCGUGAGCAGCAAGCGCUGCCCCGCCAGGGCCAUCGCACCCUCCUCCCUCUUAGCCUUCUGCCCGGGAGGGAGCAGGACUAAGAAGCAAGCCUUUAUAUCGGGAUUUGAGUGCUUUCAGCUCUCCUCCUUUGCGCUGAUGCCUUCUGGGAAUUUUGUCAUUGGGGGCCACAGAUGAUUUAUAAAGCAUAGCCAAGUUUGAAAUAAUGGCUGGCCGCAGAGCUGCUUUAAAAGCAGUUGACUGGGUGGCAUUUGCUGAGCGAGUGCCUCCCAAUCAGAAACCCAUGUUCAUUGCCCUGAAAACACGCAGUGAUGCUCUCUCAGCAAAGCUUACUUCUUUGCCAGAGGCUCCCCCAGCUAUUGACUGGGCUUUUUACAAGACUACAAUUGCCAAAGCUGGCAUGGUGGAUGAAUUUGAGAAGAAGUUUAAAGCACUCAAGAUUCCUGAGCCUGUAGAUACCCAGUCAGCAAAGAUAGAUGCCCAAGAGAAAGAAGCUGACAAGAGUGCUGCUUCCUACGUACAAGCUUCUAAAGACCGUAUUGUUCAGUAUGAGAAAGAGCUUCAGAAGUUUAAAAACAUGAUACCUUUUGACCAGAUGACCCUUGAGGAUUACUACGAGGCAUUUCCUGAAACUAGGUUGGACAAAGAAAAGUAUCCAUUUUGGCCACACAAGCCUAUUGCAGACUUGUAAAAGCUGCUCUCUGGAAGCACUCUUCAGCAUCCAUCAGUUUUCAGGAAUAUAUCAAAUAAAGUAACUGUCUUCUCUUCA